AUGGGCAUUGAAGAUCCCACAGGCGCAGAGACCAUCGCCACAGAGCCACGUGCGCCCUCGACUUCAACUGAGUUUAAAACUGUGGUAAAAACCCUAAAACCCAAAGAUACAGCUGACAAGAUGAGUCCGGAUGGAUCUGAGACAACAACUAAGGAGAUCAAAACGGGACAAAGCGGGACAGCAGCCGUGCUUGCGAUCACUGAAAGUGUGGGUCGUCAGACGGGCUUGGAUACACACAGUGACCAGCCUGAGGUAUUGCAUAUUAAAGAAGUUGUGGUGAGUGAAACGGUCAUAGCGGGACAAAGCGGGACGCAAGGAGACUCCCAACCCACCGCCGGUGAGAGUGUGCGCAGUCAGGCCGAGGUGGAUGCCCAGGCGAAGGCUGAGCGCAAACAGAAACAAAGUUCGGAACCAUCCAAGAUCAAGAAACUGGAUGAAGUGGUGGUAAACCGCAUAGCCGCAGGAGAGAUCAUUCACAGGCCGGCCAAUGCCAUCAAAGAACUUCUGGAGAACAGUCUGGACGCAGGAUCAACUAGUAUCAACGUUGUGGCUAAAUCGGGUGGGUUAAAGGUCUUACAGAUCAGUGACAACGGAUGUGGGAUCAAGCGUGAAGAUCUAGGAAUUGUCUGCGAACGUUUUACGACGAGUAAACUGAAAAAGUUUGACGAUCUCAAAAGUAUUGCGACGUUUGGCUUCAGAGGAGAGGCCCUUGCCAGUAUCACACACGUGGCACACGUCACUAUAACCACACGCACUGCCACAGCCAAGUGUGCCUUCAG